UCGCAGGGUCACGCCCGAGUGUGCAAAUCAGGGCGCAGGAAGCCAUUAGCCCCGGCACGUUACUUAUUCUUCCAUGACCCCCUCCUUGUAGGCAAGUGGAGAACCCAUGUGACCUCAGUCCGUGUAAUGACUCGCACGGACAUUCAACAAAAUUAAAUCUCACCAUAUGGGCCCCUUGCUGUUUGUCCUCGUGUGCUCCAUUCAACCUCUUAAUUGCACUCCCUUAUUAGAUAAUGAAUCAGUUUAAAGGAUGCCCUCUGUCUCCACUUCAGGUGCAAAACUUUUAAUCCUAAACGUCCGUAUUUUUAAAUUACAUCCUGCUUAUUCGGUACAAUCCCACUGAUUAAACACAUGCACACAAAAGGCUCUGCAUGUGUUGAGUUCACCGGCUGCACUGGUCACCUCGCUCAUCCCAGGGAUCAAUAGCAGGAUGUCACAUUGAAGCUGUCGGCUGUCAUGUCCUUGCAUCCCACUCCUCUCUCCUACCGUGAACCUUCGUCUACCUAAAUCCUCUCAUGUUCAUUUUUUGUCUUCCAUCUGUCCUCCCCCACGUGUAUCAACUUCAGAGCAUCUUAUCCUGCUCCCCCUUCCCCUCCCUCCCCUCCCUCCUCCUUGUCCUCUCUCUUAGUCGUUCACUGUUUCUCUCUGUCAGCUUUAUUUUGUUAUCUCCUCUCUGUGCUGUUAUGUCACGUUUAUCUUUGCUUUCCAUUCAAACCUGGCAGCUCGUCACCUCUUGAAACCUCCACAAAGCAUCUGUCCUUCCCUCCUGGCUCAAUCUGUGACUGUUUUCAUACCCUCUGUCCUGUUUGACUUAUCUCCACGUGCCCUCUCCCCCUCCUGCUCUCUCUCUCUCUCUCUUUGCCUUACUUUCUCCCCACCCCAGCCACCCUCCCAUCCUCCCACCCUCUCUCUCUUUCUCAAACCAUCCCCCCGUGGCCAUGCUGGAGCGGAUGUCCCGUCGCGCCCGCUCCCUGCUCUCCCUGACCUUGACCACUCUGGCUCUGGCCCUGUCCAUCCUGGCUCUGUGCACCUCCUACUGGUGUGAGGGCACUCACAAGGUGGUCAAGCCCCUCUGCCUGUCGCCUGUCAAAAUGAAGAACUGUGGUCAGAACAACAGCGAGCCUUACACCACAGAGAGCCCCACUCAGAAUCCCUUCAACCGCACAAUGUCUCCAGCCAGGAGAGACGAGCUGGCCAAGAUCAAGCAGAGGCAGCUGGCCAACGCAGUGCACUACAUCUGGGAGACGGGUGAAGACAAGUUUGCUUUCCGUUACUUCCACACUGGCUUCUGGGAAAGCUGUGAGAAGCACAACGACGGGGAAAAAUGUCGCAGCUUUAUUGAGUUAACUCCAGGAGAAACCCAAGGUGUGCUCUGGCUGUCGGUCAUUUCAGAGUUCACCUACAUCGGCCUGCUGGGGAUGGGCUUCUUACUGAUGUGGCUGGAGGUCUUGUGCUCUCAUAAAGAGAUGCACUCGCUCAAAAUCAAUGCCUAUGCAGCGAUCUGCACUGUGCUGUCAGGUCUUCUUGGGAUGGUUGCCCACAUGAUGUUCACCACAGUAUUUCAGAUGACUGUCAUUGUGGGCCCCAAAGACUGGAGGCCUCAGUCCUGGGACUACGGCUGGUCAUUUGCGCUUGCCUGGGUGUCCUUCAGCUGCUGUAUGGGGGCGGCCGUGGUCACCCUCAACUCCUACACAAAGACCAUCAUCGAGCUCCGUCGCAAACAGAGGCUACGACUGGAUGAGGCGAGAGCCGCCACUCACGCUCCAGCCUAUGACGAGGUUGUCUCAGGGGGCGGCCUCUACUCGGUCAGCGGCCUGUUGCAGUGUCCGGACGGCAUGAUCGACGUGGCCUGGGCCCAGAACGGCGGCGUUGUUGGAAUGGGAAACGGGGACGUGCCGACGCUGGUUUUGGUGGGAGGCUGUGGACCAGAGGGGUGCGAAGACUGUGAGAGAGAGAUGGACGAGAUGGACGUGGUCGUGGACCGAGUUGAUUCACCUUGUUAGGGAAGCGGUUACUUUCUUCUACUGAAAGGGGCUGAAAAACUGAAAAAGGAAAACACUGUUGCUGUGCAGGGAUCAGUGCAAACAGAUGCUUUUCCUUUCGGCCACUUUGACUUUCAGUGAACAUACAAACAAACCAGACUUGAAGAAUCAACACGUAAAGACGUAUGAGUCACGCUAACAUGCAAGCCUGCACAUCUUCUGGGUAUUCGUCAGUGCCUCCUGGUGGGAAAGAGCAUCUGUUCUUUAUAUGUACCUGCAUAGAAAUGUUUCUUAUUUUAUUCUUUAACAUGCAAAAUGUCAGGAUGGUUCAUCGAUGAUCAUUUAAUUACAUAAACUUGAUGGAUGUUUUUCUUUUUCCAUUGACACAGGACAGAGCAGCCUAUCCUUUACCAGUAAACAUACGAUAUACUGUAUUCUCAUUAAUCUGAGUGUCACACUCAUUAUGUCUUCUCUCUCUACGACAAACUUUGGACCGAUACGCACAUUUGGAUUCGUCGCAUGGACACCAGAAGCUGCGACAAACGCAGCCUCUCUGCAGUUGGACCCAUAAGACAGACCCAUAGAGAUAGAAAGAUUACAGAGAUUUUGAAAAGUCUGCUCUCUGAUGUUGAACAGAAGAUUAUGUGUAGAGCAGUAAUCCCGAGUUGGAUGGAGAGGAGGAGGAGGAGGAGGAGGAGG